UAAGGCUUUGUUAUAAUCUAGAUUAUAAAUUGUUGACUUACAAAAGAAUUUGCUCAUUUAGCUAUAGUUAUAUACUAUUAUAAUGGUUUCCAUGUAAGAGUGGUAAUGGUGGUCUGCGAGAGAGUGCGUGAUUUUUUUUUGUUUGAGAAUGGCACCACGGUAUGAGUUGGCAGUAGGCCUUCAUAAGGGACACAGAACUACCAAGAUACGUGUAGGCAAGACCAAGCAGGAUAAGAAACAUACUAUUCGUCCAUCUAGAUUGAAGGGUAUUCAAACAAAACAUACAAAAUUUGUUCGAGAUCUUAUCCGUGAAGUGUGUGGCCAUGCACCGUAUGAGAAGCGUGCUAUGGAGUUGCUGAAAGUUUCAAAGGAUAAAAGGGCUCUGAAAUUUUUGAAGAGAAGGUUGGGAACUCACAUUCGUGCCAAGAGGAAACGUGAAGAGCUUAGCAACAUCCUCACCCAGAUGAGAAAGGCACAAGCCCAGGCAAAAUAACUUUCCUAAUGUAAAUGUGUGUUCCAUAUAAUAAACUGUGAAACAAAUUA